AUGGCUCCAAAAUUAAAUCCAAGAAGAGGUUCUAGUCAAGUGAAUAUUGAAAACGAAGAUGCAACAAAUGAAGAAGUAGAAACUAUAAAAGCAAAAUGGGAUGAUUGGAAUACUAAAAUAUUUUUUACUAUCUGUGUGGAAGAGAUACGAAAUGUUGGACAAGAGACUGGUUUUGGUUGGAAUCACGAGAAAAAAAUAGUGUUAGCUUCUGAAUCUUGGUGGACUGAUAAAAUUAAGAUUAAUCCAAAAUUCGCUAAGUUUAAGAAUGAAGGUCUUAAAUCUUUAGAUGGGCUUGAACAAUGUUUCAAGGACAUCGUAGCUACUGGUUAUAGUGCUUGGGCGCCAUCGGAAGAUCCAAAUCCUAAAAAAUUUAAUCAGAACAAUGAGGAUUUUGAGAUUGGAGGUGACAUACAUUAUACAAAUGAAUUUAUUGAAAAUGACAUUGCUAAUUAUACAGUUGUUCAAAGCCCUACUAGAGAGAAAAGAACGAAGACUUCUAACAAAAAAGUUGAGAAACGAGCUGGAAUAGCAUCUAGAUUACAGGACUCACUUGAUCGUAUUUUGGUUGGUGUGGAGUCAAAAGCUACAAAUUAA